AUGUUGGACAUUGCCACUUACUAUUGUUACCCGACCGCAGCGACAUCGAUUCCUCACGAAAUGUAUCCUACCAAGGCUCCACGCGUUCCUCGGUCACCUAGUUUAUGCUCCUGCGGUAGUCCCGUAGGAUCUGACCGCGAUUCCUGCUUCUGCUCCGAUGCCUGCGCCCGCGCCGACGCCCUCGACACACUAACCAAUACAAGGCCCUCUCACUAUCGUAGCAACUCGAUCAAACACCGCGACAAGAUCAAUCGUAUCUUCACUGACAUGGCGGGGAACCUUAUUCAUGGAACAGGGGCUGCUCCCGCUGCCUUGAUGACGCAGACACGUAGCCCUUCGGCGUUCGCGCGGGACGCUCAGACCUCUGUAGGGACAUUGUCGCCCAGGAUGGGAGGCGAUUCGUUUGGGAUGUACGCGAGGGUGUCACCGCUAACGGAGCGACAGGCUAAGGAGCGAGAGUUGUCGAAUGCAGAUCCCGAGCCGGCGGUGGUACCCGAAUAUUCUGGCAGGUCGCUCAGAGCUCAAAACGAAGGAGACUUCGCUCGCGAGAACGAAGACAACGAUACAGCGGACUGCGCCUCCUUAUCGAAUGCUAAUCCCGGAGGGUCUACGACGCCGAUGUUCAACAGGAUUCAAGGAUCUUUCCUCCGGAUGAAACUCCAAAGCUUGAGGAAGGUAUCGACAGUCGAGAACUUGCGCUCAGUUGCUCCACCAUCUCAACUCAGGAUCGUGCCGCCUUCUCCGUUCCACGCUGAUGUAGAUAUCGACGUCCCCGAAUCGGUCGAGGAACAUGAGGAGAGGAUGCGGAUCCCCAGUCCGGGAGAGAAGGAGAAGCUUCGAGUCCCCGACCCAUCAACAUUCUCCCCCCGGUCUUCCUCCAGUCCACGAUCCCUUCGUCAUUCACGUUCAUUCUCUGGAUGGUUAGACCCUUCGCCGCUGGACUUGGAGAACGACGUUCUUCGUGCGCUUCAACAUCUUCGAGCCGAUCAACGCGACGUGGACGAAGAGCUCGACGAUGCUAUGUGUCGAAUCAGAAAUGCCUUUCACCGCGAAGAGGACGAUGACGACUAA